AGGUGUCACCAGGCUUCCUCCCAACACCUUCGUUGUCCUCUCACAGAAAGCCUCUCCAGGAUUCCAGCAGCCUAAGGCUUGGCCACACUGACUCUGCUGAGGCAAUGCCAGAGGGACCCCAUGGGAAGCCCUGCAUGGCAGCUCCAGGUGCCAGGGGCUCCUGGCAAAAGAACACACGGGAGCCAAUAUCUAGAAGCUGUGAACACGACAUCCCACCAAAGCACACAACAAAAACUGGGCCCAUGCUGCUGCUGCUGGUGGACGUGGGUGAGCCAGCUGUGCUGGGAGAGGAGGGUAUUCCGUUCUGUGCCUAAGGAUGUAUUGUGUGGUAUACAUGGGUGUCACACUGCAUCUGUGACAGGUUAUUUCUUCUUGAAGACCACAGAUCAUAGCGCAGACGAGAUGGGCUGGACUGUGGGGCCUGAGCUGGCUCCUCUCAUGGAGUAAACAAGCAGGGUGGGGUGAGGGUGGUGCCCAGCAGGCAGCAUGCUUGAGGUGGGUGAAGAUGAGCUGCUUGUGGGUUGUGAAUUUCAGUUUCUCUAUCAGGAGCCUGGCUGUAUCUGUCCAUAGGAUGCCUCCGCUCGCUAUUUAGUACACGGUUGGUGACUGGAUAUACACAGCUCAGGAGAGCUGGAUUGUGUUCGAACGCAGCCAGGGGAAGAAUCCUUGCCUGGACACCCUGGUGAGCUGUCAGGAAAACCUCUCAGAGAGAAUAUCGCCAUCACCAUGGCCUGGGCACCUUUUACAGAAAACAACAGCUUUUUGGAGGAUGUCAUCGAGUGUCUCCAGGACAUAGUGAGCAGAGAAGAUCUUCAGCUACUGGUAACUGAAGACGAAGCCUGGGAGACGGUCUUGGCAGAGGCAGGAUUGACCAGGGAUGAGGCUGAUGUGCUACGGGAAGCUCUGAAGGGACUUACAGAUGACAUGGCCAAGCUGGACCAAGAGAGGCAGCAAGAAAGCCAGCAGGCUAGAGAGAGGCUCUUGGCCUUGUUUCCUGAGCUGAAAACACAGCUCACGGAGGACAUAAGAAAGCUCCGUGCCCUUGCAGGCCAGGCUAACAAGGUUCACUGGAACUACAUUUUCACGAAUGUGCUGGGCAUCCAUGAUGCCACUGUCUCUGACAUCUUGAACUUCUUUGACUUGGUUCUUUCAUCCUUCACAGCCAGGGGCCCUCCAGCAUCCUCAGAACAAAGUGAAAAGUCAAGAGCUACAAGCCGUAAACCUGAUUUGUCCCCUAGCCCAGUAGAUCAUUCACACACAUUACCAGAUCAAGAGGAAGCCAGAGAUUUGAUGUCAUCCAUUGUGGAAAAACUAACAAGGUUUACAGAGUCUGUGGGUCGCUUCCCACCCAAAGUUUUUUCUCAAACUGAAAAUUGGAACCAAUUCCUUGGAGGCAUUGGGAAGAACAUCAAUGCUAUCAAGCUGGCCAGCAAUGACCUUGAGUUGAUCCACAAAGUCAAAGUGGCCAUAAAGAUGGAGAGUGUUAUGGUCCAAGGUGGUAUUGGGGUGGUGCAGUCAACCUUUGGACACACUGCUAUGGCAAUAAGCAGAGAAACCAAGAUAUUUUGUACAGCCACUGGAGCUGUCUUCUUGGGGUUAGAAUUGUACAACCUUGUACAGAAUUCUGCACACUUGCAAGAAGGGGCAAAGUCAGUGUUGGGUGAUGUACUGCUCGAGCAAGCUCAGGAGCUGGAGACCAUAUUGGAGCACCUCAACCAGGCCCAUGAGCAUUUGAAGUCAGGCUCAGAUCAGUGACUCCCUCUUCACAGCACGACGCAGCUCAGGGAAGAUGUGUAACACAAAGACGUGGACAGAUUGAGGUGUUUGUUAGAGGAGAGAAAGGGUGAGGACGGGGGCAUGCACUGGAGUGGAGUUCAGCAUUUUCAUGACUGAACACAGCAAAGGAGGAAGACAAGAAAAAGCAAGUAGGUCAAAGAGAUGGCAGGAGCCACAUCCACUGGCAAGAUGGGACUUGUGAGUGUAGGGAAAGGGAGGACAUAGUUUCUUUUUGACUAAAGAAUACAGAGGGAGCUAUGCAGAGGCAAGUACAGGAAUAUACCACGGGAAUGGUCAGAAAAACCAGAGUUGAAAUGGGAGGAAACCAGUGUUCAACCCAUUACAUAUGAGAGAAGAAACAGUGGCUACAUUACAGAGCUCACCCCUAAUUUGAGGUCUCAACAAUGAUAAAGCCCAUCCCUCAUGUUCUCCAAUCCGGUCCUUCCAUUGUCCACUCACCCUUAUCACGGUCAGAGAGUGAUGGAAGUGACAGAGGGCAUAGUGGCAGUAGCAGGGAUGGUUGUGCUGCUGAUGACAGAAGUGGAGCCCUAGGCAAGUUGCCAUCUCUUUUGUGGACCAACAUGUCAAGGGGGUCAAUGAAAUUCCAAUGAAUCUCCAAGUGCUGUGUGGGAAGAAAAAAGGUUGACGUGCUGGUGGGGGCAAAACCCAACUGAAGGAAAAAGUUAAGGGCCCCGCACUGUGUAAGUGUCAGUCCCUUGUGGUCAAGGGUCAUGGGUCCUCCACCCCUGGCUGGUCAUCUGGACAAGACAGUACCUCAGGUACGUCUGGCUCUUCCCGUGUUAUGCUGUAUAAACUUUGGUGUAAUAAAUAUUCACUAGUUCUUCUGGAAAAUGGGUGCAAAAAAAAGCAGAGUAUAAGCAAAAGCUGCUAUAUGACCAAAGAAAAAAGGCCAAGAGAUUCAGGAAUACACACAGAGUAUAAUAUGUAUUGGGGACUUUUGCGUGGGAGCCUGGUAAAGGGCAGCUGCAAAGUGAAUGGGCCCUGCAACUUCCUGCAACAGCGGGAAGGGUUUAGACAGUGAGUAGGAACAAUUCCCCUAAGCUGGAAUGCACAUGGUUUAUCUCACAAUAACACAAAUACAUCGGGCACAUUCUUGAUAUCUCAUGUCACUCCAUUGGUUGUGAUUAUCUAUGGCAUGUGGAAAACAGCACAGGAAAAAGAAGGCCAUGGUUACUCAGGAAGAAUCAUGCCAGUCCAUCUCAAGGUGCUGCAGUCAGAUCAGGCUGGAUCCCCACAGUGACACACUGAGCCCUGUUAUGCUGCCUGAUUGCCUCCCCCGGGCUCCAGGUGCCUGAAUUCCCUUCCUCACGACCUUCUCCAAGGGUCUCAGGGAGCAGGUGCUCCAUUCUUGCUUGCCCACUGGACCGCUGCUCUUCCAGCCGGUCAUUUCCAUCAGACCCUGGCACCUGCAGCCCCACUGGGCACCAAAGUGAAAGGCAUCAUGGCUGGACCUCGUAUUCUUUAUGUAAGUAAUAGCACAAUGAACAUUUUUCCUUGGGUAUGCAGCUUUGCCUGUAUCCGAGAUUACAUUUUAUUUGUAGAAAUGGAUGACCGAGUCAGAAACUGUUACUGUUUAAACGUGAGCUCAUAUGAUGGUGUUCAUUCUGUCAUCCUUACCUCAUCUCAGGUUCCUCAUCUGCAGGAGCGUGGGUCUUUUCCCAAUCUGGACACUAUAAGUUCCAGGUGACAACUUCUCCUUCCUCUUCCCCCAUCCACAAGCUAUGUGAGGGCAACUCCCCUGCCCAAAGGCUGAUACUCACCUGUUUACCCAGGUGUGGGCACCCACAGGUGGGCAGUGAUCUCAGGUAAAAAGAGGUAUACAAUUCAAACCAAAUCACAAGUAUUUUUCCUUAAGCCUUGUUUGCUUCUCCAUCACUCAGGUGCCUUGAGAACAAGUCCAUUUCUAGGUCCUCAUCAGCCUGGGAGAUCAAUUGCUGACACCUGAAGGUCCCACUGCCCCAUCUCCACACCCUGAAGAACUCACUGCAUUGCCCGUUUCAGGGCCUUCAUCAUUAGCAGGAGGAACCCUGGUCACAAGACAGAUUUUUAUUCAGUAGUGUACAGUUUAAAAAAUGUUUUAAACCCUCACUGGCACAUUACAUAGAUGCCAAAUGCUGCUUAGCUCUAGGAGUAAACAUGGGCAUCAUUUGGAACCAAGUUUUGGGCAGAACGAGAUUCCAUGCCUAACUGGACUGAGACUCUCCUAGAACUAAAGACCAGGGCAAGCUGACAGGAGCCACCAGACCACAAAAGGAGUGAAAUGAGAUGUCCCCUGUGUUCCUGGAAGAGCCCUAGUCCCAGAAAGAACUUGAAGGCUCCUGCUCCUCUUAUGAGCCUGCCUCUUCCACAUUCAUCUUGCCCUACAUCUGUGACUUCCUGACCCAUUCCUCUGGUGAGAAGUUCAUUUGGGAGCAAAGUUCCCACCUCUGAGCCCUCCUUUCUCCCCAGAGCUCAUCUCUCAGAUGCUGCUUUUUCCAAUGAGUGGACUUGCAGACCUGAGUUCUGCAAUGAGGUGUCCCAGGAUGGAACCCCAUCUGACUCGUGGCUGUGGUGGAAACUCACAGCCUCUCCCCUCAUCUCAGCUUCCUCAUCUGCAGAAGAGAUCACUUGCCCCAGAAUAAGGGCUGGUUACUCUAUGUGCAUUUAAAAUAGGGAAAUAUUUAUAUGUAGGGAAUAAUCCUACAACAUUAAUAAAAAGGGUAAUUGAACGCAUUGCCAACUGUAAAGAG